AUGACGAUUAUCACAGCGGGGCUGCCUCCAGCCUCGAGACGAACAGGACCUUAUAAAUUCUCAACACACCGGACCCAAGGAGGGGCGACAUGGCAUGGAUGCAUCAUUGGAGUCGGGUUUCAGCCCUUUCCGUCCAGCCCGUUCGCGACGCAAUUCACUGAACGACUGCCCGCAAAACAUGGCUCGUCGAAUCCAGGUACGACAUGCUUGCCAGCCGUGCCGAAACCUUGCUUUCGGUGCCAAAACGAUGGUCGUGACUGUCUCUACGACAAACCGCGUCGCGAAUCCAACCUCACUUUACUGGCAGAAAUCAAGCGACUGAAAGAGCAGAAUGCAGAAAAGGACAAACUUCUUCGGGUCCUUACUAUUAGCCAUGAUGUUGAGUCAUGUAAAGCCGUUGUGCAAAAACUCAAGGAUGGCAAUAGAUCACGCCAGGAUGUCUUGCAGGCGAUGAAUAACCAGGACAGCAGCAAUCACCGGUUCCGGAAUCGCAUUCGACGGAAAACUCCUGGUAUUGGACCUUCUGAUUUGGCCAUCGGACCGGAGAUCUGUCAACAUUGUUUUUCUCGUCUGCGGACGUGGAAUUUGCCACAAUUCUACCCCAGUGACCUCAGCAGGCCGGUCGAAGCAACUGCAGCGCUUCUGCGAGACGGUCUACCAGCGCCAGCGUUUCUACUGCCACCCCCCGCCAGUGGAGAUACUGCGCAAUCGCAGACAGAUGAAUGGACACAAACAGGUUUAAGGAGAGCCUAUGUGCGACAGCUACUCGACAUUUUAUCCACCUGGGAUAGUCUACCUGGUUGUAUCGUCUGCAAGGCUCCAUUUCUGGAAGCAUAUGAUACAGGAUCGGAUCAGUUUUGUUCAACGGCGUUGGUAAAUGCAAUGCUUGCGUUGGCAACUCGCGUUGUCGUCGAGCCUGCUGAGGACGAGACUGGACUUUCUUUGGCGGGUCGUCCGGGAAGCAAACAAUUUUCAAACAGCGCUGAAGCGUUACUCGGAAACGCCAAACUGGCGAGCCAUCUUCCAGAUAUCCAGGCUCUCGGAAUACUCUCAAUCUACAAGAUCAGUUGUGGGCACGAAACAGAAGCCCAAAUGUUCGCCAAGUUAUUUCUUUCCAGAAUCUCAGAUUUAUAUAGUCGACCGUCUUCGGCAGGGAAAGAAGAUGAGGUAUACAACACAGUGCUUACAACCACAUACUGCGGCGGUGUUUCGUUGGGUCGGUAUGAUGUCUCGCAAUCUCUCCAACUCAGAGCAUGCUAA